GGACCGCACGCUGGAGAGUUCUGGAAGCCGGCGACGCACCUCGGUCUUCUGCUAGCGGUCGAGAUUGAGCCGCUGAAUUGUUCUGCUUGAGCUUUGGCUGUCUCCUAUACCGAGUUACCAUGUCCGCCGUCAAAGCCUUGAACCCGAAAGCAGAGGUGGCUCGGGCACAGGCAGCGCUGGCCGUGAAUAUCAGCGCUGCUCGGGGACUUCAAGACGUGCUGAAGAGCAAUUUGGGACCAAAAGGAACCAUGAAGAUGCUUGUGUCUGGUGCCGGAGACAUAAAGUUGACCAAAGAUGGCAAUGUCCUGUUACACGAGAUGCAAAUUCAGCACCCAACCGCUUCCCUGAUCGCCAAGGUAGCCACUGCCCAGGAUGACAUCACAGGCGACGGGACCACCUCCAACGUGCUGAUCAUCGGAGAGCUGCUGAAACAGGCCGACCUUUACGUGUCCGAGGGCCUCCAUCCCCGAAUCAUCGCGGAAGGGUUCGAGGCGGCGAAGGAGAAGGCGUUGGCGGUGCUUGAGGAGGUGAAGGUGACGAAGGAGAUGGACCGAGAGACCCUCAUCAGCGUGGCCCGCACCUCCCUCCGGACCAAGGUCCACGUGGAGCUCGCCGACCUGCUGACUGAGGCGGUGGUGGACGCGGUGUUGGCCAUCAGCAGACCCGGCGAGCCCAUCGACCUGUUCAUGGUGGAGAUCAUGGAGAUGAAGCACAAGGUGGACAGCGACACAGUGUUGAUCAAGGGUCUGGUGCUGGAUCACGGUGCCCGCCACCCGGACAUGAAGAAGAGGGUGGAGGACGCCUUCAUCCUCACCUGCAACGUGUCUCUGGAGUAUGAGAAAACGGAAGUGAACUCGGGCUUCUUCUACAAGAGCGCGGACGAGCGGGACAAGCUGGUGAAGGCGGAGAGGAAGUUCAUCGAGGAGCGUGUCAAAAAGAUCAUCGACCUAAAGAACGCAGUGUGCACCGACGGAUCCAAGGGCUUCGUCGUCAUCAACCAGAAGGGCAUCGACCCGUUCUCCCUGGACGCCCUGGCGAAGGCGGGCAUUGUGGCUCUUCGUCGGGCGAAGAGGAGGAACAUGGAAAGACUCACGCUGGCCUGUGGUGGUAUCGCCAUGAACUCUGUGGACGACCUGACGCCUGAGUGCCUGGGACACGCUGGCCUUGUUUACGAACACACGCUCGGGGAGGAGAAGUUCACCUUCGUUGAGAAGUGUGGGAACCCUCGCUCCGUCACCCUGCUGGUGAAGGGGCCCAACAAACACACGCUGACGCAGAUCAAGGACGCCUUGCGGGACGGCCUGCGCGCGGUCAAGAACGCCAUCGAGGACGGCAGUGUGGUGUCCGGUGCGGGGGCCUUUGAGGUGGCCGUGGCCGACGCCCUGCUGAAGCACAAGCCCAGCGUGAAGGGGCGUGCCCAGCUGGGAGUGCAGGCCUUCGCCGACGCCCUGCUCGUCAUCCCCAAGGUCCUGGCACAGAACUCGGGCUACGACCCUCAGGAGACCCUGGUCAAACUGCAGACAGAGUACAAGGAGUCGGGCCAGCUCAUCGGGGUGGACCUCAGCACCGGGGAGCCCAUGGUGUCUGGCGAGGCGGGGGUUUGGGAUAACUACAGUGUGAAGAAGCAGCUUCUGCAUUCAUGCACUGUAAUCGCAAGCAACAUCCUGCUGGUGGACGAGAUCAUGAGAGCCGGAAUGUCCUCCCUGAAGGGCUAACGGGCAGAGGGCCGGGCCAGGCUCCUAGCACUUCCUGUGUUUCCAGCGCCAAGACCCCAGUUUUCACAGAGGCUACAUUAUCGACACAAAGCGUACUUCUGGGUGUGUGUCGGGAAAUCCCCCCCCCCCCAAUGGAAACACUUUUUUUUUGCAGUCGCUCUCCCAAACCUGUUGGUUUAUUUAUUUGAGUUUUGUUUUUUGUUCAUGGCUCUGAUCAGAAUAGGUGUCAUUUGUACCCAAUAAACUUGUUUGGCUCU